AUGAAGCGAAUGGACGGCAUCGGCGGCCCCAAGCCGGCCUUGAUGCAAGGCAACAUGGGAUUGACAGCAAUGGGCAGCGUUGCUGUAGCGCCCAGCGAUUUGAUGGGUCCAGCUUGGCUCAAACCACUGCUCCAAGCGGCCUUCUUCGAGCCCUGCUCGAUCCACAGCUCCGCCGAAUCGAGCAAAUGCGAGUGCAAUCUCUUCUGCCUCGACUGCGCCAAGAAUCCACUCUGCUCCGCUUGCACGUCCUACCAUCGAGCUCACCGAAUCGUCCAGAUCCGGAGGUCAUCGUACCACGACGUAAUUCGCGUGUCGGAGAUCCAAAAGUGUCUCGACUUGAGCGGUGUCCAAUCCUACAUUAUCAACAGCGCUCGCGUUGUCUUCCUCAACCAGCGGCCGCAGCCACGCCACGCAAAGGGAGUCACAAACACCUGUGAGAUUUGCGAUCGAAGCUUGCUCGAUACCUUCAAGUUUUGCUCGCUCGGCUGCAAGUUGGAGUGGAUCCAGAGGCACUACAAAAGCGCAAAGGACACUGUUAGCAAGCCGCAAGCGACCCAACAACAGCAAAGACAAGCGACCACGGCUCAAGGCCAAAAGAGAAAAACGAGGAGCUCCUCCAGCAAAAGACCACUUACCAGAUUGCCUUCCGCUCGUGAUGAACAGGAACACGAGCAGCAACUUCUUCUCCAGAACAGCAUCGAAGAGGACGAGGAACUUUCGCCAGACGGCAGCACUGUUUCUAACAAUUCAAUGUCGUCACCAAUGGCUGUUGCUGCUGCUGCUGCUGAGGACGAACCAAAAGAAACUGUCAACAGUAUCAAUUCCAUCUCACCACAAACACCCCCCAGGAGGUGCUCCUCCAGGAGUGCCAAGAGAAGGAAAGGAGUUCCGCAUAGAUCUCCCCUCUGAUCGAUCAAAAACUUAUAAACAAACAUCUGCUUAAAGCUCACAGAUAAGAUACU